AUGGAUGCUUUAGUACCGUUGACUGUAGCAGAAGGGAUUCUGCCAUCAACCGAACGUAUUUUAAAAUCCAAUUUAUAUGUACUUUAUUUUUUAAAAGAGACAAUAAUUAAUCCAUUUGAUCUUAGUCGACAUUAUGUUCAACGUAUAUUGAGAACUAGCAAUGAUAAAUAUUUGUUUGAUCAUGCCAAUACAAUUUUGUUACAAGAAGCGAAAAGUACAAUAGUUCUGGAAUAUAAUGGUCGUUGGUUACAAGCAGAAAUAGCAUCACGUGGAGGUUUAUUAAGUUGGAGAUCUUCAGUGGUCAAUUGGCUAAUUGGAAUUCAGCGUAAAAAUCAAAUGAAAGAUGAAGUUGCUCAACAUGCUAUUCGUUUAAUGGAUUCAAAAGAUACUCUACGUGGAUUUUAUGAUCGAGAUUAUCAAUUACGAGCAUUGGCCUAUUUUAUAUUAUCGGCUAAAUUUCACAAUCGUAUUCAUGUCAGACUUGAAGAAUAUGCACGUUAUACAGCAAAUGCAUUUGGUACAAAACAAGAUAUUGCUCCAACUGUUCGCAACGUAUUUCGCGAUUUAAAUUUUUCACUACAAAUUGCCAUACCAUACGAAUUAAUGGAAAUUUAUUUGGAAUUAAAUAGUAAUCAGUAUACAAUCAAUAUACCGGAAAUUCGUAAUUUGGGCAAUUUAUUUCUUCAUAUUGCAUGUGUUCAAGCAUGGUCAAGUUGUUUUAAUGCAUCAUUAUUAGCCUCAGCAGUAAUGUAUUUGUGUUUGAAAUUUGUUAAAGAUGAAAAUAUUAUUCAAAUACCAGAUUAUAUUUCAUUUUUGUGGACAACAUCAUAUCCAUUCGAUUUAAUUUGUGGCAUUUCGGGUUAUAUAGCAAUGAUUGUUUGUGACAUACAUAGUGUACCAACGGAUCGUGCAUCACAUUAUUUUUAUGCCACGAAAUUAUAUUUGGAUGAUUGUCAUAUUAAUUAUUCACUAGAACUAGUCAAAUCAUUUUGUAAACGAUUUGUUUUAAUUGAAAAUGUCAAUAAAAUUAUCUCAAAUGGUAUGCGUGCUCUUGUUAAAAGUCAAAAGUUAAUCAUUGAAGAACAAUAUAUCAAUCAUCUAAAUUCAGUAUCAACAUUAUUUCCUAUGACGACUACAACAACAGCUGCUGCUGCUCCCUACGCAGCACUCACAAGUUUUUCAACACAAUUAAUUAAACAACAACAACAACAACAAACAUCGUCACCCGACAGAGAUAGACACAAACAGAUAGAUAUUGCAGUUAAAACGGUCUUGUGUGUCAAAAGAUUUUUAAACAAAUUACAUGACAAACAAAAAUUGAAAGAAAAAAAUAGUAAAGUAAUGGAUAUAUCUGAUCACAAUUAUGUUCAGACAAUUGAGUAA